AAGGGGGGUUAUUAGUUACCAAAUAUUUGGUUGCAAAAACAAAGCUUAACAUGUUUUUUUUUUAUCAAUUUAACUUCAAUAGGUUGCAACAUACAUUGUGUUUCCUAAAACGUGCUUCUUUAGGUCUUGUUUUGAGUAGAUGCGAAUGGUUUCUUCCACAGUUCUCCGCAGUCCGCAUUGGUUGUGGCGUCACUGAAAUGUGGAGGAGUCGAGAAACUUCACUCAUGUAAAUAACGGCAAUUAGAAAGCCGUACUAAGUGGUCGUUGUCAAUAGAGUACAUAUUUCUUUGGGUAUUUAUUUAAAAAGACCAGAUUUUUCUUCGAAAAUGCCUCGGAAAAAGCCAUUUAGCAACAAACAAAAGAAGAAACAGCUCCAAGUUAAGCGCGAGAGAAAGAGAGGUGACACGGGUUCUGGCCCAAGCAGCCGCAAUGCCAGCGUGGAGCGAGGAGGAGAGCGUCAAUCAGACACAUCAGAUAGUGAGACGACAGACAUUAGAAAAAUAAAUCAACAACCUGUUAGUCAAGAGGUUAAAUAUGAUCCAAACAGGUUUCGACUGCAUUUUGAGAAGGAGAGUAAAGAGGAGGUGGAAAAAAGGAAGAAGCUGGCCAGAGAGAAGAUUCUUCAGGCAGUGUGUGAUAAGGAACUAGAAGUUGACAUCAAUGAAAUCUACCCAUCAGAUAAAUGUCUUUCGUUUCCACGACGACCAUCUUGGACCUACAACAUGACACGAGACAGCUUGUUGAAGAAAGAAGAAAAGUCUUACAGAGAUUACCUGGAUGACAUGCACUCCAGAAAUGCACCUGGCACUCUCAGCCACUUCGAGCACAAUUUGGAGACAUGGAGACAACUGUGGAGAGUUUUGGAGAUGUCAGACAUCAUCUUGCUUAUUGUUGACAUCAGACACCCGGUGCUGCAGUUUCCUCCAGAUCUUUACCAUUACUUCACAAAAGACCUACAGAAGCAUGUGAUCCUGGUGUUGAACAAGGUUGACCUGUGUCCUCCUCCACUGGUGAUUGCCUGGAAACACUACAUGGCCUCCCAGUUUCCAAACUUGAAUAUAGUGUGCUUUACCUCACACCCUGGACAGCCCUACAGCACAGUUCUCCAGAAGAAAAGGACAGGGAGGAAGCCUGGCUGGAGUGAUGCUGGAGGUCUAUUAGACAUUUAUAAAGCCUGUCAGGAGAUCACAUCAGGGAGAGUCGAUAUUUCUAGCUGGGAGCACAAGAUUCAGAGAGAUGCUGUUGCCCAGCGACUGGAUGAUGAGCAUCCGGAUGAAGAAGCAGAGUCUGUGCUUGUGGAGCAUCAAAGUGAUAGCGCUAUGGAAAUGAGCAGCUCAUCUAAUGAACUUUACAAAGAUGGAGUUCUCACAUUAGGCUGCAUAGGCUUUCCAAAUGUUGGUAAAUCGUCUAUAAUAAACAGCCUUGUAGGAAGAAAGGUGGUGAGUGUUUCUCGUACUCCAGGCCACACCAAAUACUUCCAGACAUACUACCUCACUCCAACAGUUAAACUGUGCGACUGUCCUGGACUGGUGUUCCCUUCUCGGGUCAAUAAAGAGUUACAGAUUCUGUCAGGCAUUUACCCAGUGUCUCAGCUGCAAGACCCCUACACCUCAGUGGGUUAUCUGUGUGAGAGGACGCCUUUCCUCUCUGUGCUGAAGCUCAAACAUCCCAGUCUCCAAGAUGAACCGCAGCGAGAACAGGGCGCCGAAGAGCCCAAAUGGACUGCCUUCGACGUAUGUGAGGCUUGGGCAGAGAGGAGAGGUUACAAGACUGCAAAAGCCGCUCGUAAUGAUGUUUAUCGCGCAGCAAACAGUCUUCUAAGGCUGGCAAUUGAUGGCAGGCUGUGCCUCUGCCUCAGACCACCGGGCUACAGCUGCCUGAAAGAGCAUUGGGAAAAUCAUGUCGACUUGCAAGAGAUUAUUGCUCUCCAAGGAAGAGCGGCGAAGGUGGAAGGAGCAGGAGAAAGGGAGGAGGAUGAGGAUGAAGAGUCCAGCUCAGAGCCUGAGGAGGAGAGAGACCGGGAUGCAGACGAUGAUGAGGAUGGAGACGAUGAGGAUGAGGGGUGCGGCUAUCGAAGACAAAAGAAUAAGAACCCACCUGUCUUCACUACGAACAUUUUCAAUGUCCUUCGGGAAAACAAGUAUGAGUGAGAGAUGAGCAGACUCCGCCCAUUCCUCCUCCUCAGACCUCUUCACUGCAGUGCGAUUUCUCUUCCCCCUUUUUUCCUUUAAACCUUCAUUCCUGUCAACAAUCUCUACUCAUCAUUCUUUUCUUCCGCAUAUUUGCAAAAGUCGUCAUCAUUCAACUGGAUUUAUUAACCUGCAACAUACCAGCUGACAUAAACGUGCUGUGCUGUGCCUCAUCUUUGAGUGUCUGUCCUGAUCCUUCAAGUAGGUUUGGUUUGAUGUUUUAUGAUGACUCUUCAGAGACAGACAAACACACAAAGUCCCCAGUUUCCUGAGUUCUUAUUGGUUUUCAGAGUUUUCAUCAGAAAGUGACCUCACAGCUGAGAUGCCAAAGGCCAAGGAAGAACUAUCAAGCAAAUCAAAUGUACAGUUUGUAUGUUGUCAUUCACUGGAGUAGCUAUUCUGGCACUCGGAACUAUAAAUAUAAAAACGAAAUCUUGACUGAAUGCUUCCUUUAAUUACCACAGCUGGGACGAGACCCUGAAGAUACAAAAUGACAAAAGAAGAGCCAUUAAAACACUUCAUUCUGAUAUUUGCUCUGAUUGGAAUGCCAGCUUUUUUUUAAAUUCAAUUUGAAAUUCACAUCAUUUAUAGUUGGAACUGUUUUUCAGGUGUGGAAAGGGCCUUUUCUAUCUGAAUUGCUUCAUGAGGCAGAAUCAGGAGUUGAACCUGUAGUGUUUUAACUACUAAAAUACUUUGUUUCUGUAAAGAAUUCUCCAUCUUUUCUUCAGGAUUUGGCUGCAGUUAUGUCAGAUUUAUAUGACAACACAGUCUGCGGUUGCUUUCUCCUUUACCUUUGCUUUCUGAAAAUAGUUUUGUUCUUUUUUUUUUCUGCCAUGCUGUAAACUGAAAGUCAAAGCAGUUAGCCUGUUUUGUUUGGUAAAAAAAAAGAAAAAAAACAAGAGAAAUGGCUAUGGCUUAGUCCCUUAACGCUUCACUUCAUUUCGGGGGUUAAAGUGAUUUUCUCGUUGUUGGGCUGUUUAUGUGAACUUCUGGGGCGAGAUGCAAACAGAACUGGUGCAAAUAAAAUCAACCCCUCCAAACCUCCAUCAGUCACCUGCCAGUAAGAGUUUAGCCAUCUUUCAUGAAAAGAUAACAUUAGAAGUGUAAAUGUCUAAAUUAAUGCUUUAAACACGCACCGUUUUGUGUUAUUUAAUACAUUUACCCUUUAAGGGAUAAUAUUCUUUGCAUGAAUGCAAAACAUUGCUUGUGAUUUUGAGCAUAAGUGAGUUUUUUUUCCCCCCCCCAAAUUGAUUUUCUGGCAGUAGAUUACUUAGGUCACGCAGGGCUUUAAGUAAACUACUUCUGUUUCCCUUUAGUUUUCCCAUGUGGAGUUGAAUAGGUAAACACAUUUUUAUUUUUGCUUUCUUUGUAACUUUUUCCUAUCUUUUUUCUAGUCUAAAUUAGUUUUUUUUCUUUCAGUCUUUUUUUUGUUUGGAUUUUUAAGCAUUUUCUAUUUUUAAUUCCAAAUGAACUUUUUAAAAUAUUUUUAAAACCAUAAAUUGCACCCCCCCCCCCUUUUUUUGUGCCAAAUUGCCUGCACUUUGUGCAGCAAAAAGAGUGUCUAUGACUAAAUUUAGAAAAACAGAAGGUAAAGUUUCUCAGUUACUGUGUUCAGGAGUAUAAAUCUUUAAAGUGUGAAUGCACAUUUUCUGUCCAUGUCUUUUAUCAAAACGGAAGUCAGAUUUUUUAAACAGGGUUUUAUGUAUCUGGCCCUCUAAGUACCACCAUGACAUGCAGCCCACUCAACCUGUUGGUCUAACCUAGACAUUUUCUGCAUUUGCAAAUAUUUUUGCACAGCAAUAAAUACAAAAUCUUUUUGUCAACCUAUCUGUCAGGCUAUCUGUCCUGCCCCCCCCCCCCCCCCCCCCCCCCCCGUGUGAUGAGAAAGUGGGAUCAUGUCUGGGAUGGGACGGCCCUCGCUACAAUCACGAGUGCUGUAAUAUUAUUAUUUUACCCACAAUUAUGCAAUAGUUAUCAAGCCAACAAAAACACUACCGUCCUGUAGGAGAAGCCGCUGUUUUAGAUGUAUUGUGGAAUUUAUUAUUAGGUUGAAUUAAUAAACUGAUGGAUAAAUGCUUGAGAAGGUUCUGUCUCUAAAUAACCAUAGCAGAGCUGCUUCUGUGAUUCAGAAUAAAUAAAACUAUUAU